UUUUCUAUCUUGAAAAAAGUUUGGUUGUUUUGAUUAAAAAAACUUGUUUUACUCGAAUAUUUUUAUAAAAUAAGUUUUAAUAGUACCAUUUUUAAAUACUGUAAAGUUUUAAUCAUCGUGUAGGAGAGUUAUAUAACGUGAUAUAUUGAGUGGCACGUCGAAGUUGUAUCAUUGUUAUGUUCGCAGCUACGUGUUUUUUCCUCUGGAGAACAUUUUUUUGAGUGUUGACCUCCAUCAUUGAAAAUGUUGGAACCCAAUGAAUCCGAGACCAAUUUGGAUAACGCUGAAGACGCUUGCAAAUCCGAUUACUUUUCUGACGAAGGUGAAGUGAAAAGUGAUCCACUGAACAGUGAAAAUGUAUCCACUGGUAAAAGAAAACCCACUGAUAUCGGCCCCGACGAGGCGAAGAAACUCAAAGUACAAGAAACUUCUGCAGACUCUGUUAUUGAUAAAGCUGCCAAGUUACCGACUGGAAGUACAUCGAGUAAUGAUUUCAAACGAGCUAGUUCUGUAACUUCUGAUAAUAGUGACGAAUUCGUCGACGCGGUUGACGUACUAGAACCAACUUCAGUUACUGAUAAAAAGUCAGCAGCUUCUACCGAUGAUGUCGAUGCUUGUGCUGUGAAAAAUCCAGCUUCUGAUAACGUUCGUAAAAGUAUAUUCGAAUCGGAAGGACCGAAAGUAAGAGAAAACAAGUUCGUGUCGCGUCUUCCUACUUUUGCGGACGAUCCACUUGAUAGAUUCAAUUCUAGCGCAAUUCGACGAGGUUUCUUCAAGGAAACCGAAACAGUAAAAGCAGCCGAUUACAAUUUCGAUGUGCAUCCAAGCGAUAAAAACGAAACGAAAAAUGAGAGCAAAGUUGUCAAAAAAGUAAAACUGAAUCGAAGCAAAUUUUUCAACACUGAUAAACCUAAAUUCUCAGACGAAUCUAGUUCUGACAGUAAUUCCAAAUUCAAUAAUGUGACCUCACCGGUCAAACCGGAAACAGUAUCUCCUAGUGAAAACAAAAACAUUCAAAUCAUUAAAAAUGAGAACAGAAGUACUAUGUUGCCCGCUGACGAGAAAACUUCCGCUGCUAAGGAGUCUCCUGCUGCUGUGUCAAGUAGCGAAGAAAUCUCUCGAUCGGAAUCAACUGAACCAUCAUCGACGAGCAGCGUUGAGAAAAACACCCAAAGUGUUUCUCAAGACCAGUGUGAUCCGCAAGUUGAAGCGGGUAAAGUAGAAGUUCCCAGAGAAAGUGAAACAAUUCCAGAAUCGAGUGAAAUCACCAACUCUAAGCUUGACGUUGAAGAGUCGAAUAAAUUAGUUGAAAAUGUUGAAAUGAUAGAACAGACAAGUAUCGAACCAGUUUUAAGAACUGCUGAUAUUGAUGAAAAAAUUACUGAUUCGCCAAUCGUUCAUAACGAGCCUAUUUCCGUUCAACGAAUUGAACCAGAAUCGGAAUCAAUCGUACUUAAAUCUGCCUCUCAGUCAAUCGAACCAGAGUCUCAGUCUAUCAUAUCUGAGCCCCAAAUUAUCGAGCCUGAGCCUGAGCCUGAGCCAAUUGAACCUGAACCUAGCAAUAUCGAAUGUUCUUCACAGUUGACUGAACCUGAGCCUCAACUCAUUACUCCUGAGGCACCACAAGUCGAAUCCGAACCGGAUCAAUCUGUCGAAUCUUCGUUCGUGUCAACUGAACUUUCAUCUAUACCAAUCGAACCGCAGGUGGAAGCUUCAGCAAUCGCAUCAUCAAUUCCUCAGCAAAUCGAAAACGAAAUUAUCGAACAACCAACCCAACAAGCGGAAAAAUUGAACGACGAUUUACCGCCGUCAAACGAUGUCUCGGCUCAACCAACAUUAGUUGAACCAGUAGCUCCAGAAUCCGAAUUAAAACCAUCAGUUCCGGAAGAAUCUGUUUCUGAAUCAGAUAUUGUACUUGAGGUUUCAGCACCUAAUUCUCCCCCAAUAAAUGAACUUAUCGAUGAAAAAGAAAGUACUCUACCCGAUUCUGAACCAGUUGCUGUUACGAAACCCAUUUCAACAAAAAUAAUUCCAGAACCAGAAAACCUUCCCGAGCCAGAGACUCAAUCUCAAACUGAAUCUGCGCUAGAGUCAGACGUUCAAAACGCAGAUCUCGAUAUCACCACUGAAUCUGAAGAUCUAGCUGAUGAUAAAACCGAACCCGAUGUGUCGAAUGAUGAAAGCGAAGGCGAGCUAGAAGAAGAAGAGGAGGAGGAAAUUCACGAGGAAGAGCUUUACUUAGAAGACAGAAUGCCGCCUAUUUCUAUGCGCAGAGAUCCGACGCCUCCUCCUGAACCUGUUCUGUCUCCAGAACCAGUAGCAUCUCCACCCACUCAGAACAGAAUCGAAAAAGUCAAAGAAAUGGAUGUUGAUGAUCAAGAAUCGGCGCCUAAAUCUCCGGUAGUCAAAGAAUCUAUUCAGCCUAUCCCUACGUCGAAUAGUGCAGAAAAUAUUCCCGUCGAACAGACUGUUCAAUCUACGCCUUCUUCAAAAAUCAUCGAAAAUAUUUCCGUCGAAAAAUCAAAGCAGCCUACGUCAUCUUCGGGAAGUGUUGAGAAUAUUUCCGCCGAAAAAUCAAAACAGCCUACGCCUUUGGUGCAAAAUAUCGAGAAUAUUUCCGUCGAAAAAUCAAAGCAGCCUGCGCCUUCUUUGGAAAAUUUCGAGAAUACUACCGACGAAAAAUCAGAACAGCCUAAACCUUCUGUGCAAAAUAUCGAGAAUAUUUCCGUGAAAACACCGCAGCAGCCUACACAAUCUUUGAAAAAUAUCAAGGAAAUUUCCGCUAAAGAGCUGAAGCAGCCUACAAUUUUAUUGGAGAACAUAGGUAUUUCCACAGAAAAACCGAGGCAGCCUACGCCUCCGUUGGAAACCACCGAGAAAAUUCCUGUCGAAAAACCGAGACAGCCUACGCCUCCAUUGGAAAACACCGAAAAAAUUCCGGUCGAAAAACCGAGACAGCCUACGCCUCCGUUGGAAAACAGCGAGAAAAUUCCGGUCGAAAAACCAAGGCAGCCUACACCUCCGUUGGAAAACGCCGAGAAAAUUCCCGUCAAAAAACCGAGACAGCCUACGCCUCCACUGGAAACUACCGAGAAAAUUUCGAUCGAAAAACCGAGGCAGCCUACACAAUCUUCGAAAAUUAUCGUCGAUAUUCCGGUACAAAAGCUGAAACAACCUACAAUUUUAUUGGAAAAAAUUGAGGGCAUUCCUGCUGAAAAAACGAAGCCGCCUUCAACUUUAUUGGAAAACACUGAGGAUACCUGCGUCAAAAAUUCGACUCAGCCUACGUCUUCUUCAGAAAAAAUUGAGAGUAUUUCGGUGAAAAAAUCAAAUGAAUCUACCUCUGUGGUCAAGAAAAGCGAGAGUAUUCCUGUCGAACGUCCAAUUCAACCCACUCCUCCGAUAACUAUCAAAAUUACUCCUAUCAAGCGACCUGUGCAAUCUACUCGUUCAGAAAAUAUGAAAAAUAUUUCCGCCGAACGUUCAGAUCAUCGUAAAAAAUCUUUAAAAGAUAUCGAAAAUAUUCCAAUGGACAUAGACGACGAGCCUGAGCAAAUCAUCACUCCCGAGCAAAGUUCUACUCCUACUCCUGAACGAUCAUACAAAGAGUUAUCUAAACUCGAACAAGCCCUGACUGGGAAACCUGGUGUUAAAAGACUCGAAAUACAAGUUCCGCUAGAAGAACUCCCAACUCAAAUGGAUCCCGACAGCGGACGUGACGGCAGUGCAGAUGGUGAAGAAACCAAGAAGAAAAUUAAGCUCCAUUUAUCGCUUCAAGGUGAUAAAGUAUCCAUCAAAAAAGGACCCUCUACGGGCGUCACGUCAACCGGCGAAGUUAAAGUGAAAAGGCAAUACCGGAAACGUAACAAAGACGGUAAUCUCAAGCCGGAAAAAUCGUACAAGCUUAGAAAUCGAUCUGCUAAAGCCGACGAUGCCGCUGCCCCAGAGAACGACCAAAACGAUAAACCUGUCGCAUCUGCUAGCGCCGAGAAAUGUGUCGAUUUGAGUGUGAAUUUGGAGCGCGAAACCGAAAAAAUAUAUUCAGCUGAACCGAUACUGAUCGAUUCGGACGAUUUGGCUAAAUCUGCUCCCACCAAAGUGCAGCCAAUCAAGCUGAAAAUCAUGAAAAACUCCAACGUAACUAUCGAAUGCACUUCGUCGUCCUCGGAGAUGGAUAAAAAUCGCGAAGUAUCCGAAGAUAUUCGUAAAAAAGAAUCCAUCCCCAAUAUGAUGGAACAAGCAGCUACAGCAUGGUCUGGACCUGAUUUACAACGUGUCGAACGUCUCCUGAAAGAAUCAAAUAUCACCAUUACUCCAGUCAUCCCAAAGGAAGCUCCUGCACCGCAUACCAUAUCGAAGCCUAUACCAAGCGCAGCCAAAAAAAGGCCCAGCGUUGCGCCGAAAUUCAGCACUCCUUCGGUGACCUCAACAGUAUCAUCUUUGCAAACAGCUACCUCCUCUAUUACACCAAUAUUCGAAGAUUCUCCGUCCAAAAAUACUACUCCUCAAAGGCCUGAUCACUCGAAAAGUGAAGCUAUCGAUCACCUCAGAUUUAGAGAAGGUUUCGAAACACCUACGUCCAGCGCCGAUAAACAAAUCGAUAUCAGGUCAGAAAUACGUAAAAUGCUCGCUUCUGCUGAUAAACGUAAAAUCGAACCGAGAGAUUCAACCGACGCCGAAUCCGACUCAUCCGACUCUAAACCGAAGUUGAAAUCGGUUCCGGAUCUGGUACCGAUUAAUUUACCUACACCCGAAAUGCUCCAAUCGCUGGCUUCGUCGUUGACCACUAGUUCUACCAGUGAUGGAGAAUCGACCGCUGAUAAAUCUAAAGCUGAACUCGAUUCAACAAUUGCACCUUUGCUGCAGACGUUCCCUAAGAAAAGAGGCAGACCUACGAAAGCCAUGGUAGCCGCUAGAGAAGCGUUGAAACAGAGCCAAGAAGCCGCCCUAGAAAAUCUCAAACAACUUGCCACCCAGAAAGCCAGUGAAGGGACGCCUAUUCCUGUACCUAUUCUCGAUAUCACCGAUCCGGAGGACUUGUUUAAACCGAAACGCGGCAGAAAAUCGCGAAGCGAGAAAAUGGAGAAGUCCUCCGAUGCCGAGCAAAGCGCCUCCGAAACCACCAUGGAUCCGGAACGCGAAGCGGAGGAAAGCAAAAGACUAGAAGAGGAGAGGAUUAAGAAAGAAGAAGAAAAAGAACGCCGUAAUGAGAUAAGAAGACAGAAGGCUAGAGAGCGUAAUGAUAUCGUUAAAGCUAAACGUCUCAGGCAGAAGAUGAAAGCCGAAGAAAGACAGAAACGGAUGCAGGAGAAAAGACGCAUGUUGCAAGAAGAGAAAAAGAAAUUGGAGGAAGAGAUCAAGAAUUUGCCCAAGUCGUUACCUAGCUUCGAUGACGAAACAAGGAUGAGCACUGAGAAUAGCCAAUCGCUGAACGUCUCAUUUAGUACUGGUAUGGGAGAUGAAGAUUCGAGUAACGCGACAACCGAAUUGAGUCAGAGAGUGAAGAAGAGUCGAAUGGAAGUUACGGAUAUCGACAGCAGAGACUUGACAGUGGAUCAAAUAGCCGAAUAUCAAUGGCCCAUUCAAGGAGGCGACUUGUACAUGAUCCAAGAACAAGUAUCCAAUUACUUGGGAGUGAAAUCUUUCAAACGAAAGUAUCCUGAUAUCAAAAGACGUCCUGUGGAUUCGGAAGAAAAAGCGUACCUGGUGGAUAGCGGUCUGGUAUCUGAGACGUUAUGCGAUUUAGGCUUAACUGCUGUCAGUAGCGCUGAAGUUUUAGAUAUCAUGUGCGCCGACUUCCCCGAUAAAUACGAGGAAUUGAGAAAGUACAUGAGAGAGAAGCAAAUGAAAGAGUUGUCGUUUAAACAAAAAGCUUGGGCCAGUGGAUUAGGAUACAAGUUUUUGAUGGCCGAUGGUACGAAACAAGAUUUGAAAAAGAGAGCCAUGGAAUCGGCUUCGAAUUGGAAUUCAGCGUUGAAUAAAAGCAGAUCUGAUGAUAGAAGAUGUGCGAUUGAUUUACAAACGUUCAUCAUCCAUUACCCGAAAACCAGAACUAGGAAGAUGACGAUACCUACGCCGAAAAUGGGAAGUUAUCCGGUCUCGAUAUUGCCAGGACAGUUUUGCGAUUUUUAUAAAACUUACACGUCGACAGAACUUCGAUACAUGCCUAUCAAUACAGUCAUGUAUGGUCCACUGAAACCACACGCUACUGGGCCAGGAGACGCUAGUCAAACUGAUUCCGAUGAUAGUUCUUCUUCAGACGAGUCGAGUACUACCAGCGAAGGUACUCAAGGUACUGAAGAUACUAUCGAAGAUACUGAUAAAGAUAUGAGCGUCGAUGAAUCUUCGCAGCUAGAUAAAUCGCACGAUCUGACCCUGCUAAAGGAACAAAUGACGAUGGAAUUGAGCGAAAAUACUCGCGAACUUAUCAUGGACGAGACUGCUAAGAUCCUGUGUAAAAUAUGUCUCGGUAAUAUCACUCGCAAUAAAGAAAACGUGCCGGAGGUUUUAAUAUAUUGUUCGCAAUGUUCUUCUACAAGUCAUCCUAGUUGUUUAGAUUUAUCGUUAGAUAUGGUUCCUCAUAUUAAAAAGUACGCCUGGCAGUGUCCAGAUUGUAAAAUUUGUGCUCGUUGUAAAGAAAAUGCCGAUGAGGAUAAAAUGCUGUUUUGUGACAUUUGCGAUAGAGGUUACCAUAUAUAUUGCGUUGGAUUAAAGAAGGUACCUUCUGGAAGGUGGCAGUGUCAAGAAUGCACCGUCGUUGAAAACAACCUGUGUUUAAAUAAUUCCACCCCGGUAAGAGACGUGUUCAAAGAACCGGGGCUUAUUGAAGCGCAUGACGGUUGAUUAUUUUUUACUUCUUUUUUUUACGCUACGCUUUUUUUUUGUUCUAAUAUUAAUCAUUUUAAGACGAAUUUUAAACCGUGUAUUUAUUUUUACUCCAGUAAACAGUAUUUUUAUAUAGAUCGUAUCGAUUGCGAUUUUUUCCAACCUAGUUAUGAAUGUCGAUGACGACAAAUGGAUUAAUUAUAAGUCACGUCUUCUUUCCAAAGCAUAUUUAAUUGUUUUUUACAUCUUUUUUUGUUUGUUUUAAGCGGUAUUAAUAAGUCAGAAUUCAAUGAUAGAUUUCAAACGUGUAUAUUAAAAAUUCGACAAUUCUCAAUGUUCUUUGGUUUUACACGACUGUUGUAUAAAAAUGAUAGUAUAAAAAAUAAUGUAAAAUUUUCUUACAGGAGUGUGCAAACUUUGGACUGAAACAGAAAAAUAUAUUUUAGUAAUGGCUGAUA